CUAGAGUAUAAAUAUGUCAAAUUACGAUCCAUCACAAAUGUCUAUUUUUAUUUUAUUCAUGUUUUAUUCAUAGAAGUGGUAGGUUGUAGUAAGAUGUGUUGUAAACAUAGAAUCCAGCGAAACGAAAUUAAUUUUUUCGGAGAGAAAAUACUUUGUUAGUGAUAAAAGAAUAAUAAUUUUAAAUAGUUUUUGAAGUACGUGUACCGUACCUAUAUUGGAUAACUUUUAGAAACAUUUACGAGAUUUAAUAUGGUGCGAUAUAUAGCGAACAUAUUUCUAUUUAGGCUUCUUCUUCCUAUAAUAAUCACGUUAUGUAUACUGUUCCGGCCAACCCUUUUCUCAUCAAUUUAUCUAAUAUUCAUGUUACUUAUACCAUUCGUUUCCUUACCAUCGACGGAUUCAAUGAAAGGAACAACUGGAAUAUUCAUAAAAGUAUUAUUGGGCGUUUCGACGAGUUUAACACUAAUACAAGCAGCCUUUCAAAUAGCCCUGGUUAUAGUAAAACCUUACGGACAAUUUUUAGAUGAGAAUCCGAAGUUAGAGGAAAUCCUCUUUUACAUCGGCUUAGCCAAAUUGAACGGCCUAACCGGAACCUACAUAUUAAUAUGGAUAGGACCGGAAAUAGGCAUGUUUUUAACGUCAUUGGUGUUGUUGUUCGCAUUAAAAAAACUGAAUCCAAUAGAAGAAGUUAUUUUGGAGAGUCAAGCAGGAGUUGUCGACGUAACAAUAAGAGUACCUCAAUCUACGGAUUACGCCCAAUACUUAAUCGCAGUUGGUCGGUAUGCGACGUUGAUACUUCUGUGUUUGGCCGGAGUUGUGAGACCGUCUAUCGAAGGUGGAGUUUAUUAUUCGAUAUUUUUGGGAGUAGCCACUUGGUGGGCGUGUUACAAACAAUUGAAAAGAGGAUUCGCGAUACUACUCAGAUGCAUUAUACCGCUCGUAAUAUUACACAUGUCCGCUCUUUACGCCGUUAACUUCAAAAUUAUCCAAAAAUAUCUACCAGAAGAUGGCGGAUGUGCGAGGUAUUUCGAUUUGGCGCCUUUCGUUACAACGAUCGAUUCUUCGACCGUUGGUAAUGCGACCAAUUCCUCCACCAAUUCCACGUUAAUAAUGGACGAAAGGAGUUUCUAUUAUUAUUUUAAUAGGGACAUUACGUUUUAUAUUUAUCCUGUUAUUCUCUAUUUAUUAUUUUACUUAUUAGUGCUCGAGAGUAAGGAACUCAUGAAGCCUGAGCCGAAAAAGAAGAUGAUCGGAUCUUUUUCCGCUACCGAUGGCAUGUCUAGAAAAGUAUCUGCGAGAUUAUCAAAGCAAAAAUUAUUAACCCCGACAGCUGCUCAAAAAUGGCAGAAAGCUUCUCGCAAAGUUCGAAUGGCUUUAAACAAAGAACUCGCUGAACCCACAGAAUCGACCCCCUUACUAAGAGGACCUACAAGGAGAUCGAAACGCGUCCCUGGUAGAUUGAUACAGGAUUCUACUGGAAGUGUCACGGUUACAAACGAAAACGAAGAUAUACCUUUGGACGUAUUCGCUGCGGAUUGUGUUUCAGAGGAAGAAGAAGAAGAGUACGAUUUGACUUUAUUCCACCACAUAAUCUUCGCAUUAGAAACCAUUAUACAGUACGUUGUAAGGUCUUCGUACAUAGCAACCAAUAUUAUCAUGAUGGCUUGGAGUAUAACUUAUUUGAGUUGGAUAACGUUCGUGCUGCUCCUUUGGGCCAACAUCAUCUGGUUGAUACCGAACCAGAGGAAGCGGAUGUUGUCUUCGAGUCCCUUUUUGGUUGUUUAUGCCCUUUUUCUUUUGAUAUCCGCUUAUGUGUAUUCGAUGAGACUCAACGAGGACGAAUUACCAUCGAAAGCGGAAGGAGUCGAUUUGGGGGAAAUAGGUUUCAAGAAACCGGAAGGACUUCCUUGUAUUCCUCUGUUGGUGAAAAGUUUAUAUACCGUGAUGUUUUGGAUAACUUUGAGGCAGUAUAUGCACGAAAAAAUGGAAGAGAAGCAGACCAGCGCCCUAGCGGAUAUGGUGGCUCCUUUACAAGUGACAGUUGGAACGGCGACAGGUGUGAAAAAGGAAUCUGAAACUGAUGGAAGUAAAUUCAUGACAAAAUUCGGACAAUUGAUUAACAAGUUCCUCAUCAAAUUUUGGAUUUGGGUUGUAGCCAUAACUUUAUUCGCCGUUGCCAUAACCGGUGAACGGAUGACUGUUUUUAGGAUAUUAUACAUGACGCUGUUUCUAUUUUUCAUAUUGUCUUUUCAGUUUUCGUUUAGAGUUUGGAGAAAAGUUAUGUUCGGCUUUUGGUUAACCGUCAUUGUAUACUCCAUGAUAAUUUUGGUGUUGGUGUAUACGUACCAGUUUAAACGGUUUCCGGACUAUUGGGCUUGGUAUCUUCACAUUCAAAAAGAUCAACAGCACGAUAUAGGAUUGGAACAAUAUAAAACUAAACAACUUUUCGUAAGACUAGUCACACCGACGUUUUUCGUUAUCGUAACCGUUAUACAGUUACAUUAUUUCCAUCACGAUUUCAUGCAACUAACCGAUCCAAAACGCACUUCUACACCUCAAGCGGAAACCCAACCCCAAGAAAACGAAAGUAUAAACGACAGUUCGGUACAAGGGGGAGCUUACAUGGACCGAAGUAGAGAAUCCACUUCGAAAUAUUACAGCGAACAAGAUUUAGCCAUUGUGCCGGCGGUUUUGAUGACGAAAUGGUUCGAAAAAGCGUUGCAAUUAUUUUUUUACACGAAACAUAUAAUAUUCCUGUUUUUGGAAAUACACAUGUUGAAGAUAGUGUUGUUUUUCACGAUGCUGAUGUGUAUUUACGACAAGUGCGCCAUCUAUUUCGUAAUAGUCGUAUUGGCGACUAUAUCUUUCACGUGCGGUCGAAACGUGCAGAUGUUCACCGCGUAUUUUACUUCGGUUUUCGUAUCGGUUCUAAUAUUGGGUCGCAUGAUAUAUCAGAUAUCGUAUAUAAACGAUAAGAAAUGGAACGUUUCGUGUCGAGUUAAGAAAAAUCCGAAUUUGAACGAGACGAUAGUGAACAACGGACCGUGGUUGGGUUUCGGUAAAUUAUCGGAGAUAGAUCAGAAUUUGCCGGGUUUGGUUUUGUGGAAUAUAAUGUUUAUAGUCGUUAUGUGUUUAUGGAAGGUGAUCGAGGUACGUCAGUUUAAUUAUAGAUUGUCGAGAGGUCGUUCGACGGAAAAACGUUUUUUUAUGUUUCCGAGGAUAACUAGGGACGACGCCGAUAAAGAUUUGGUACAUUUCGCUAAAUAUAUGGCCAAUUAUGGUUUUUACAAAUUUGGCGUCGAGAUAUCUUUCAUAUUCAUAGCAACCCUAAUAGCGGUCAGAAUGGAUUUAUACGCUUUAAUGCACUGUAUAUGGUUGUUAAUUAUGUUUUCCCUACCGAGAAACACCUUAUCCCGUAUUUGGGUGGUUUACCUAAUUUUCAUAGCCAUUUCGAUACCGUUCCAAUAUUUCCAAGCAGUCGGAUUACCACCAAGCUUAUGUAUAGAAUUCCCUUGGGACGCCGCCGAUCCGGUUCUGAGGAGUUUGCAAUCUUGGGCGUUUUUAUUGGAUAAUUACACGCCGCCGCCAGUCGAAAAAUUGGUUUUCGAUUUUAUGUUGUUGAUGGCGGUAUCGAGGCAAUGGGUAGUUUUUAGGAUCGAAAGACGAUACGCCGGACAAAAUUAUGCCGGCGGAUCUAACGAGAGUAUAAUUAGUCAAGCGGAACAAAAAGAUUUCGUUAAUCCGGUACCGGAUUAUAUUACUUUUGUUAGAUCAUAUUUGGACAUAUUGAAAAAAGCGGUGUUGCAAAGUUUCCUUUGGAUAACGUUGGCGGUUGUAUUUUGGGCGGGAACUUCGCGCGUCAACGUAUUCUCCUUGGGAUAUUUAUUGUGCGCAUUCGUUUUCUUAUGGCACGGAUCCGAUUUCUACCUGAGACCCAUUCCGAAAAUUCUACGAUAUUGGCAGUUCCUCCUGGGCUACAACGUAAUGGUCAUCUUCAUCAAAUGCUCCCUCCAAAUAUUGGGCUGCAUAUACCCCCAUUACAUCCCAUCGGUUUGUUGUUGGUUGAUUCAAAUGUUCGCCAUAACUUGCGUUAGAAAUUUCGUGGGGACGGCGUCCAGGGCACUGCCGCCGACGUCGAGCGACGACGGCCAAGAUUGCGCCAUCUCCGAAGGGGGCAUAUCCUGGGACGUCAUCUGCUUCACCUUGCUGAUAUUGCAGAAGAGAAUAUUCAACAGCUACAAUUUCUUCCACAUCAUAGACGAUACCAAGGCGACGGCCAUUCUGGCUUCCAGAGGCGCGGAACUUAUGGAGGAGAUGCGACAACAAACGAUGAAAGAACAAGAAGAAACCGAGAAGAAGGUUUUGGAAAAGAUUAGGGAAAAGAUGGAGAGGAUUAAGGCGAACCAACAAAAAAUUCAAGGUGACAGAAUGUUAACCACAAAUCAUUACGUCGAUUCUGUAAGUCAUGGUAGGCCAAAAUAUGCGAUCAAACCGCCAGUGACGUAUAAGCAGGCCAUAAGAUCUGGUGAUUAUUAUAUGUUUGACGAAGUGGAAGAUGAUGAAAUUGAUAUAUUACCAGAAGAAAAAGAGUCCUUCGAUGAAUUUGACGUAGGAUUGAAACCGUAUUUGGGAGAGCUUUUAAGUGACGUUGUUAAAGAGGAUAUCAAUAAAGCGUUGAGGAAUCGAUCGCAAACCAUGCUGGAGACACGUGAAAAUAUAAGAUUGCGGAGACAAACUUCAAUGCCUGCCGCUAGACGAACCACUCGUCCCCAAUUGACUACCACGUUCUCUGCCCCUCCCACUAUUGCAGAAAAUGAGCCGAAGAGUGUUAGAAUUCAAGACGAACCUUUACCUAGUACAAGUCAAGAACGAGACGAUGAUAUUAGCUCUUUAACUGAACCUCAAGUCACGAUAGGACAAAAAAUAUUCCAAAUAUUCUAUUUGUUAUGGGCCUUCAUUGACGGUAUCAUGGUUACUUUAACCAAAUUUUUGAAUAAGUAUUCAAGAAACUAUAGGAUCAUCUUGAAAGUUUUGGCAAAAGAAAAGAGGGUACUUAAGGAAAGGACCAACUACAACAUCGGCGUUCGUAUGGGAAAAGAUCAAAUUUGGCAACCGGCCGGUUCUUAUCACAGCCUCCUUAGAAAUUCGAGGCAGGACUCGAUCCACGGUGAUAGUGAUGACGAUAAACCUCCUUUAAGCGAAGACAGCGAUACAAAAGCAUUGGCGCCAUCUUUACCGUGUUCACCAGAACCGGAUAGGCGCAAGGCCAGCGUUUUGACGGUUCCCGAAAUUCGAAUUCUGGCGGCAAGUUUGGAACGUGGAUUAGAUUCGCCAUGUCCGUCGUCAAGGAAAUCGGAAGAAGACGCUCAAAUGAGUCCGUACGUAGAUUACGGCGACGAAAUGUCUUCGGUCGAUCAACCGACUAUAGUCAGAUUAUUAUUAGCGUCCUGGUACCUCAUAAUGAGCCGAUCGGAAAUAGUCUGUUAUUUCGUCAUAUUUUUAAAUCAACUUCGAAAUUCUAACCUAAUUUCGCUUCCGUUACCGCUCAUGGUGUUCUUUUGGGGAUCUCUGACCAUACCGAGACCGUCGAAAACCUUCUGGGUCACCAUCAUAGCUUACACGGAAGUUGUGGUAUUGUUGAAAGUCGUUUUCCAAUUCCACGUCAUGCCCGGCAAUAGGAUGAGACAACAAACAGAAUUUUUGACUUCGGCCUCCGAACGGAACCCCUUUUACCCCCCCACUUUGAUCGGCCUACACAAGAACAAGGAUAUCGAAGCUUUUUGGGAUCUGCUGUUAUUGUUAGUCGUCUUUUUCCACAGAGUUUUAUUGAAAUCCAUGGGUAUAUGGAGUUCAACAACUCCGGUUACAGCUGCCCUUAUAGACGACGGUGAAUAUAAAGUUAUGGGAGAAAAAUUAAUACCAGUUCGACAUCAAGACGAUGACGAUGAUACCGAUGACAGUCAACCGUCGACGUCAACUCCGAAAACGCAUUCGAGUAAAAAAAAAUCGAUAACCGAUCAAGACGACGCCGAUGUUGUCGUUAUAAGAACAAUGAAAUUGAAAAAAUUGAAUAACGCAGUUAUGGCAGUUCGUUUGGGCAUAUACAAGUAUGCCGAGGAAUUCAAAUUGUUUAUUCAGCAACUACUCGAUCCUGCGUCUAGAGUAACCGCCGAUGUCUAUUCAUUCAUGUUUCUGUGUGAUUUUAUAAAUUUUUUUGUUAUACUUUUUGGUUUUAGCGCCUUCGGGACUCAAGAAGAUGGAAGCGUUUCCGAUUAUUUACAAGACAACCGAGUACCGCCGUUAUUUCUCUUCAUGUUGAUAUUCCAAUUUAUGUUGAUCAUCAUAGACAGGGGUAUUUAUCUGAGGAAAAAUAUACUCGCCAAAAUUAUUUUCCAAUUCGUCCAGAUAAUCUUAUUGCACAUUUGGUUGUUCAUAUUGUUUCCGGUAGUUACCAAAACCUCUUGUAAUACGUUGAUACCGCCCCAAAUCUACUAUAUAGCCAAAUGCAGUUACUUGUUGUUGUCGGCCUAUCAGAUUCGAUGCGGAUAUCCGACGAGAAUUUUGGGUAACUUCUUGUGCAAAGGAUACGGAUACGUUAAUAUGUUCCUGUUCAAAGGAUUCAUGUUGAUACCGUUCCUGUUCGAAUUGAGGACUUGCAUGGACUGGAUGUGGACCGAAACCUCGAUGGCCAUAUUCGAUUGGAUCAAAUUGGAAGACAUUUUCCAACAUAUUUUCCUAUUAAAAUGUUCGAGGAAUGUCGAAGACGAGUAUCCCCAACCCAGAGCUCAGGAAAAGAAUCGAACCGUCAAAUAUUUGAUGGGGGGCGCUCUAUUGACCGUCAUUAUCGGUAUCAUAUGGUUCCCUUUGGUAUUUUUUUCGUUGGGCGACGCCGUUGGUAAUCCGAAUCCACCGUCUGACGUUUCGUUGGAAAUUCGAAUCGGACCAUACGAACCUAUUUACCAAAUGACCGUCCAAUCGAAUUCAAUUUUUCAGUUCACUCCACAAGAACUUGAAGACAUUAAAGCUCUUUAUAAUGCCUAUCAAGUAUCAGAAAAUUUCAUUUUUAACUACGAAGCGGCCGAUAUUACCGCCAUUAGACUGAAUACUGAUUCUUCCAAUAUAUGGAGUAUAUCGCCUCCUGACAGGAAACGAAUGAUAAAAGAAGUCAAUUCCACCAAGCUUCUUAAAAUUAGAUUAGAAUAUAAAAUUACACAUAGGACAAGUAAAGCUGAAGAUUCGGGAUUGGUAACGUUUUCAAAAGAAAUAACUAUGGAACCAAGCACAAAUACGAGUAUAAAUGAAGAUAGAGAAAAUCUAUUGAAAUAUCUCGAUGGUAAAGAAGCCGAACCUGUACGUUUUACAUAUAUAUUACCAAAAUUCGUGAAAGUAACGAAUAGAGGAACAGUGGAUCCUAUUAGCGUCCUCCUAUUGGACAAACCAGACGUUGAAGCUACAACCUUUAGAAACGUAACUAUUAAACUUUUACGCGAAAACACUUCAGGUUACGAACAAGCAUGGUGGAAAGUGAACGAAAUUUGUAACGAUUACAAUUACGAGCACAUCCUUAUGAAAGUUCCUUAUCACGAUUGUAAGGAUUCCAUCCUUUUGUACGCCUUCAACGAUAAAGUUUUCCCGCCAACGUUGGACAUAAUCACCUCCGGAGGUAUCAUAGGUCUGUAUACGACACUUGUACUAGUGGCAUCACGUAUCCUUCGAGGUUUCUUCGCCGACGGUAUGUCGAAGAUAAUGUUCGAAGAUUUACCUAACGUCGAUCGCGUUCUCAGAUUAUGUCUCGAUAUCUAUCUGGUUCGGGAAGUACACGAAUUCGCUCUCGAAGAAGAUCUAUUCGCUAAAUUGGUAUUCCUGUUCAGAUCUCCGGAGACGCUUAUCAAAUGGUCGAGACCUAAGGAGGAAGUCGCAGACGAAGACGACCCCGAGGGGGACGGGGAAUAAAUUAAACUGAAAUCGGUUCUGGAAUAAGGGAAUGUCUCGUGAUACGCAUCAAUCGUUGCAUAUAUACAGAACGGAUUUAUGAUUGUAUUAAGGUCGGGAUGAUGUUGUAAUCGAGUUUGUCCGUUCCUGUUGGUUAUUCGUCGAAUUGCCCGCAUCUUCCUUUUUAUACUUUUUCGUUUUAAUCUGGUCGAACAAUUUCCGUCUACUUAUUUUUAGUUAUUGCUAAAGUAUCUUUGGUUGCAUAUCCUACUAAUCAAGUACUUCAGAUGCAUUUCAGGUCACAUAUCUUUCUACUAAUAAGAUUUUUAUUUGCAUAUUCAACUGUUGUCGCGUUCAUGGUUGCAUAUACUACUAUCGAAGUACUUCUGGUUGUAUAUCCUAUUGCUAACGUAUUUUAAGUUGCAUACUCAACUGAUGUUGUGUUUUUGGUUGCCUAUCUUACCAUUAAAGUAAAGUAUUUCUGGUUGCAUAUCCUACCGUUGAUGUAUUUUAAGUUGCAUACUCAACUGAUGUUGUGUUUUUGGUUGCCUAGCUUACCAUUAAAGUAAAGUAUUUCUGGUUGCAUAUCCUACCGUUGAUGUAUUUUAAGUUGCAUACUCAACUGAUGUGUUUUUGGUUGCCUAGCUUACCAUAAAGUAAAGUAUUUCUGGUUUCAUAUCCUACCGUUGGUGUAUUUUAAGUUGCAUACCUUUCUGUUAAUAAGAGUUUUAAUUUCGUACAUACAAAUUUUCAAUCGCAAUUUCCCCCCUUCAAAGGUUUUUUCAAAAAGUUAUUGAGAUUUUAGAUUGUUGAAAUAACUACUUAAUGACAGUGUAAAAAAAGUAUCAUUAGUAUGGUAAAUGUUUGCGGGAGAAUUUGCGAUUGAAAAUUAGUCUUUUUUCGAUAUUGAAUCAAAAUAAGUUUCAAAAAAAUAAAUAUUGCAAAUGAAAUAGAUUACAGUGUAUUUUGUGCUUGAAAAAGAACGUUUUCGUGAAAAUAAGUUUUUUGUAUUUUAAUUUUUCACAUAAAUUUUGAGGUUAUGUUAAAAAAGUGUAAAUACAAAAGUUAUAGAUCUUUUUUUUACCUUCAACUUUGUCAUUUGACUUUUUUCCAUAAGACCCAUAGCUUUGCCGGAAAUUAAUACAAACCAUUUUUUACCCUUUUCCUUCCCGAUCUCAAACUGCCCGUAAAUGAAUUUAUUUUUAUUAAAUCCCCCUCCUUUUCCAAUAGAUUUCAUCCUACUAUAAUUUUUUUUUGAUUUCAAAAACUAUCUAUAUACCUGGUUAAAACAGCGUUGCCAAACUUUUUCUACAAAAUUUCUUACAAAAACCAAAAUCUCUACGUCCUUCAACGGAGCAUUCCACCAAACAAUAAUUAAUAGAAUAAAAUAUUUUUUUCAAAAACGACAGUAGCGUUUCGUAUAUUUUAAACAAUAAUUAUUAAGAUUGAAGAAAAUCUCUCAAUUCUGGCAACACCGAUUGCGUGCAAGUCACCUUUAAAAGAUUAGAGGGAGGAAAGAACUUUAAUUGUGUUAUUUCGUAACGGUUUCUUCUGUAUUGGGAUUUGCCUUUUAAUAUCCGUUGAUUAUACAGAGUGUACCAAAAUAUAAAUAUCGUCGUUGAAUUUUUAUCUAAUCGGUGAUUUUAAAAUAAAAAUGUUUUUGCUAACAGAAUAUUUUAAUUGUUUGUUGUUGUAUGAUGUCUAUUGAUUAUUGUUGUUGUUUUUUUCUGUUUAAUAUAGGAAUUAUUCGAGUCUUGAAUUGUACACUAUUUAUUUGUUUUUCAUUUGUGUCGAAUAAAUGCACAUACUUUUUGAAAAUAAAUUUAUAAUAUUAUUAUAC